AUGACUCGACCAGUAUUUCGUCUCCUGCCUGGGCUUCACGAUUCAACCGGAAAGGACAUCCCAGGUGUUCGGUGGCGGAAAUCGGACAUAUAUCUCCGAAACGACUAUCGCACUUCGGAGUAUCAACCAAGCCAGCAGUUACAGCACGUUGAUACGUUGAUACCAGACCCAGCCAAGACCAUAGGAGAGGAGCCGUGUACCAAUCGACAGAACCAAGACGAGCAGAUAACGCAGGCUAUAACAAAGCUGACGGCCAUUCCGACUGCGUUGGGGUUGGCUCGCCAGCUUGCAGGAGCCGAUCGACACCUCGCCUCUGCUCUUUCCUUAUCUCACGGAAAGGAGCGCACAUGGGCUAAUGAAAGGCAUCGGCUGCAGGAAGAAGCGGGUGUAUCACAACUAGCCAGGGGCCCUGAUCAAAUCCCUUUGCCACCAAACGUCCCUAGCCAGGUUGACGUACCGUCAGAACAGCAUGACUUGUCCGAUGCAAGUUCGGGAUCCCAAACUGACGAAAUACCAAACCCACCAAUCCCCGGGAAUCCAGCUCCGUCUGUUGACUCGCUUCUUACUCAAGUAAACCAUUUUGCGAAAGCACAUGGUUUUGGGGCCGUCAAGGCCAACGGCAUGGUUCGACCGGGACAACGAAGUCGAUACAUUUUCCAAUGUGAUCGAUAUGGGACUCCACGGCCAGGAAGGGGCGCCGGUCUUCGGAAGCGAAAAUCUCGAAAGCUGGGGUGCCUGUGGAAGAUUAUCGCUGAGGCCUUGCCACAGAACAACUUCCAAUGGACUCUGCGGCACUUUCCAGAAUUGCAGCACCACCAACACAACCACAGGCGUAGCGCUGAUGCCGCCGCUCACCCUGUCCAUAGGCGGUUAACUAGUCUGGUGAAGGCGACCAUUCAGUCUACCAGUCGGCGGGUGGGCAUUCGUGCACGAGACAUUGGUGGCAUCGUCCGAGAUCACUUCCCAGAUUCAGUUUAUGUGCCGAGGGAUAUUUAUAAUGCUAGGGCUCGGAUUAAUAGAGAAAAUUUGGGUUGUUACAGUUCUACGGCUGCACUAAUCAGGUUGUUUGACGAGAAGGGGAUACCUUACAUUGCGGAGUGGGACAGAGAUGAGCCGGACCGUCUGGUGGGGCUGGUAUGGACGUUCCCUUACUGUCUCCGGAUGUGGAAGCGGUUCUCUGAGGUCAUUAGUUUCGACAACACAUACAACACCAACCGUUUUAAGUUGCCCCUUUUCCAAGUUACGGGGCAAACCUGCUUGGGUACUGUCUUUAACGCCGCAUUUGGGUUGAUCGACAACGAGAGGCUUGAAGGGUUCCAGUUCCUUGCUAAGGGUGUACGUGCGCUGCUCAGCCGCGACGGCAUCCGGACUCCCGAUGUUGUUAUCACCGACUUUGACAAACAGAUGAAGCUGGCCCUUGGGGGUGAGUUUGCCGAAGCCCAACAGCAGAUAUGCAUCCAUCAUAUCAACUCAAAUGUAAUGCUGCAGUCCAAACGGAGGUGGGUGUAUGCUACGAGGGAUAGAGUCGCCAGCGAAGAGGGUGGUUCAGGUUCAGACGAGCACGAUGCAGACCUCAACGACCGCGAUUGGCAGGCAGUACAGGAAUCUGAAAGACAAGAAGAGCCGAUUACUCGAGACAACUCGCCGCAAUCUGUAACCCACGAUUACAACGGAGUGCUCAUGCUGUGGAGACUUGUGGUGUUUGCUGAGACGGAAGAGGAUCACGAGAAGGCCUGGGAAUGCCUCUGCACACAAUUCAGUGACCAGAAGGCGAUUCUUGCGUAUCUCUAUAUACCCCCCUCCCGCCCCCCGCCCGGUAGCAACUUCGGCAUUCGAGUGACCUCUGGCACGGAGGCCGGCAACAACAAUGUCAAGAGCUAUCUCCUGAAUGGCAUGAGCCAUUUGUAUCGGCUGGUCGAGGCAAUCCAAGGCAUGCUAGAAGACCAAGAGAGGGAGUUUCGUCAAGCUUGUGCCCAGGACGAGGUGCUGACGGCGCGAGAGCACCUAGGGCGUGGCUCGGAGUAUCUUGGCGACAUUCCUCAUGUUGUGUCUCAGAAAGGACUUUCUAUGAUGACCCGGGAGUACCGCAAGGCACUCAAAGGCAUCCCGAGCCCGUCUAAUCCGUGGCCGGAUGCCAUUACAACGUGCAACGACGAUUGCAAUGUGUCUAUUGAGCUCGGGAUCCCUUGCCAUCACACGCUCUAUCGGAAGCUCGUGACUGCUGUGCCUCUGACUAAGUGGGAUAUACACUCGCGGUGGCAUCUGCGAGAGCCUGUAACCCGCGACGUAUACCGCCGCAUAUUGGACCCAAAGAUUGCCACCAAUCUUCGUGGACGGCCCAAAAACAAGCCCCAGCCUAUCCCGACAAGUAUGGCAGUUGGAUCCAGUAGGCAAACUGCGAGCCGUCGAGUUUCUGGCACUCAGCCUCAGAGCAGUCGGUCACAGCACCGUGGCCAAUCAUGUGGAGGUCGAAGUCUGGGAAGACGACUGGAGUACGGGCAAGCGGACAGAGGACACAGCCAAGCGUGCGAAGACGACGGUGUCAAUGGGAACUAUCUAGUGCCGGGACGGCAAUUCCUUCAGCCCAAACGAGGUCUGCAACAGCCGAAACUGAAAGUCCUCGAAGACAUGCCUUUUGAGGUACCCGGAAUUGCCCUCGCAAUCACUCUUUGCUUCCGAACCAGCUUCACAGUCAGCCGCAUUACUGGAUUCAACCGUAAAUCCAAAGGGGGACCCAAAUUCGCAUUCGAUGACGGCUGUAACACUACCUCAACCCAUUGCUACAGCUGCGCCCCAGCUACCCACGUCACCUGUUCUUACGACCACGCGUUCGCACAGUCCGCAUCCAUGUUCACCGCCCAGGAAUACCGUAGGGCAAUGGGACUCCCGUUACGGUAUGACCGAACAAGUUAUGCGUGGUGUUUGGACGACGAGCAGAUGUCAAGGCUCUGUACAACUACAACGGGUAAGAGGGAAUGGACUAAAGAAGAGAUGAUGGCUUAUCUGGACUGGACCAAGGCGGGAAAUGGCCACACCACGGAGCAGGUCGUUGCGGAGACUGCAGGCAAUGAGACUCCGAGGAGCAAGGGAAGAGGCGAAAGAAAUGCCAAGGAACAAGAUGCCCUAUACUCGGCGGGGAGGGAGGAACAGUGCAUUGUAGUCAAGCUGUAG